CUGUCACCACAAACUAUAAUUUUCGUUUUGUCAAUCACUAUGUUGUUAUUAUUCUUACAUUUACUCGUGCACUAACUCAUUCUGUUUAAACACACAAAAAUGGUGGCAAAUCAUCAAAACCAACGGACAAUCAAUAUCCUGUUGGUGGGGGACCGUAAAGUGGGCAAAACCACCAUCAUUUUAUCCCUAGUGAGUGAGGAAUUCCCUGAAAAUGUCCCCGCAAGGUCGGAUGAUAUCACUAUUCCCGCCGACGUUACUCACGAGAACAUUCCCUCGAACAUCGUCGAUUUUUCGGCCGAAGAACAAUCUGAACAAGACCUGAUUGACCUAAUUAAACAAGCGAAUGUGAUAUGCAUCGUGUACGCAGUAAACAAUAGAGAGUCCGUCCAAAGAAUAUCCUCAUAUUGGAUGCCCUUAAUUCGACAAAACUCUUCUGAGAUCCCACACCCGGUGGUGCUGGUGGGUAACAAGAUCGACCUCGUCGAAUACUCCACCAUAGACAACAUUUACGAAAUAAUGGAACGUUUCACAGAAAUCGAAACUUGCAUCGAGUGUUCCGCGAAAACGUUAAAAAACAUCACCGAGGUGUUCUAUUACGCGCAAAAGGCGGUCCUACAUCCCACCGCUCCGAUUUACUCCCUGGAAAACGCGGACUUAUCGGAAGCAUGUAAAAAAGCCUUGAUCCGGAUAUUUAAAAUCUGCGACACGGACUGCGACGGUUUCCUAAACGAUGUCGAAUUAAAUCACUUUCAAUCGCGUUGCUUCAACGCACCGCUACAACCCAACGCUCUGGAAGACGUCAAGAUGGUUCUGAAGAAAAACCUGGAAGAAUCCAGCGACAGGGGCGUGUCACUGAAGGGUUUUUUAUUCCUGCAUAACCUUUUUAUUCAACGCGGCAAAAAUGAAACCACUUGGACCGUUUUGAGGAAGUUUGGAUACAAUGAUAACUUGAACAUGUCCAAGGAGUAUUUGUACCCCAGCAUUGAGGUCCCUGCAGGAUGUACCACCGAACUCUCUGCUAGAGGCAGGCAAUUUAUUACAAACCUAUUUAACAAAUAUGAUAAAGACAUUGAUAGAGCACUCUCUCCUAAUGAAUAUCAAGAUUUAUUUUCUACUUGCCCAACACCUGCUUGGGACUAUGAUUUAAUUAGUUGUAUGGUGGAGACCAAUAAAGAAGGCUGGAUUACUUAUCAAGGAUUUAUGUCCCAGUGGGCCCUAAUGACCUCAAUUAAUUUACCAAAGACUUUUGAGCUAUUGGCCUACUUGGGGUACAAUAUUUAUGACAAUGGCAAUCAGCUUUCAGCAAUUAAUGUAGUAGGCAAAAAAGAGCAGCGGUCAGUGUAUCAGUGCCACGUUAUCGGUGCUUCUGGUGCAGGAAAAACGACGUUCUGCAAAAGUUUCAUUAAUAAGCGACAUAAACUAGGAGAACCAUCCUCAUAUACAGCCAACACUGUUCAGGUUUACGGACAGGAAAAAACGAUGAUUUUAAAGGAGAUUAACGUGAGGAGUCAGAGUUCUGAGUCGCUUGCACCUCACCAAGUAUUGUGCGACGUGGCUUGUUUGGUUUAUGACCUCAACAAUCCGAAAAGUUUCGAGUACGUCGCUCGAGUGUACAUAAAACAUUUUGCAGAAGAGCAAAUACCGGUGCUAAUAGUGGCUUGCAAGGACGACCUAGAGGAGGUGACUCAAAAUUAUUUAGUACAACCAACCGGAUUUUGUCAGAAGUACAAAAUGCCACCUCCACAACGGUUUAGCUUGAAGACUCAACCUCGAAAGGAUCUGUUUGUUAAGUUGACUACUAUGGCCGCUUUUCCCAAUUUGAUCACGAGCGGUUCAAUCGGAUGGUGGAAAACUGGUUUGAGCUUAGCAGCGGUCGCCGCUUUAGGACUGAUCGUUGCCAAAGUUCUUAACUCGAAUCAAAAAAUAAGAUAAUAAUUAACCUCAUUCGGACGUACGAUAUUUUUUUUUAUAUAUUUUUUAAUAUAUUGAUUUAUUAACCCUUAGAAACAAGUUUAAACAGGAAUAUUAAUUCUA